AUGUGUGUCUAUGUGUGUUGUUCGGUUUCCGAUUUUAUUCUUUAUAUAGUGGCAUUCUUCUUCCCCCCUGUCGCCGUUCUAUUGAGAUCUGGUUUCUGCUCAAAGGAUUUCUUACUUAAUAUCCUAUUAACAUUAUGUGGGUUUGUACCUGGUAUGAUUCAUGCAUUCUAUUAUAUUACUGUGACAAGUCCCUUGCGUAGAGACGUCGAAUAUGUAUAUUUUUACCAGAAUGGAUGGCAAGAUAAUGAGGGGCAAGCAGAAUCUAAUAGAGAAAAUCAAGAUAUGAGAAGACCUCUCUUAUCAGAGUCUAAUUAUCAAGAGAGGACAAGACCAACAGAUAAUAAGAUUCAAACAUCACAACCACCUGCAUAUUCAGAAUAA